AUGCUCACCAAACUAGAUGUCUUCCCAUCUUGCCUGAAAACCAAUUCCGAUGGGUCUCGUCUUGUCGUCGGAUUCGUCGACGGCACUAUUCGUUUCUAUGAUACAACGAAGUUUGAUGAGAAAUCAGAGCAAUUCGAGGAGAUUUGGAGAUUCAAAACAAAAUCGAGCAUUCGAGGAGUGGAAAUCGAUGAGGGGCGGAGCCGAGUCUACGCGGUGACUCUGAAUCGAGCACUUUGUGUUUUCGAUAUGGAAACUGGAAGGAGAACCCGUUGCAUUCUAAAAUGUCACUCAUCGAAACCGAUGACCCUUUGUACCCUCCCACCGACGGCUCUGAAAUCUCAACAACUGGCGACAGCCGAUGAAUCUGGAGAAGUGAAGACGUGGAAUUUGGAUGCCGACGUGGCAAUGGUCAGGGAGUGGAAAGAGCAGUCGGAAGAGAUCAAUGAGCUUACUGUAGACUGUAAAUCGAAUCUUCUCGCGACGUCUUCUGAUGGAACACUUGGUGCCUAUGAUUUGAGAAAAGCCAAGUUUAAGGUCCGCAGUGAACUGAUGCAUUCGGAGCUGUUCGCGGUGUGCGGAACGAACCGAAAUGUGUAUGUUGGUGGUGAGGAUGGCUACGUGGAAGUAUUCAAUCUCAAAGAGUACGGUAACCUUUUGGAACGAAUCGAAUCGGGCUUCGAGAUGGGCGUCAAUGGUAUCGUGGAGCUUAGGAGCGGUCUUUUGGGACUAAUCUCGGGGGGAAGUAAUAAAAUGAGACUGUUGAAUGUGCAACCAUCGAAACGGCUGGGAAUCGCUGGAUGUCAUGGCGAUGAGAAGGAUUUGGAUGAUGGCAUUGAUGCGAUUACGAUCUCCACUGAUAAGCGUAUCGUCUACACAAUGAUCUCAUUCAGUCAGACGAUCAAAAAGUGGGAAAUGUCGCCGAUCAUCGACGGGAUUCCAAUUCUGAGAGCUCAGGAUGCGAAGACGAAAAAGAAGAGAAAGGUGGAGGGAUUCUUUGAUGGAAUGGUGGAAAAAGGAGAUGAGGAUUCUGAUGAGGAUUCAGAUGACGUGGAUGAUGAAGAGGAGGAAGAAGACGUUGACGAAGAAGAAGAAGAGGACUCUGAUGAUGAGGAUAGAGCUCCGGGAGCGAAGAAGAGAAAGGUAGAGGAUUCAGAUGAAGACGUCGACGUUGACGAUGAAGAUGAGGAAGAAGACGUGGAUGAGGAAGACGACAACGACGGUGAGGAUGAGCAAUAG